AUGCAGAAUUCGAAUCUAAGCUUCGAGCAGAAGGCCAUGUCGACUACAGGAACGUCGAUUAAGCCUCCCAGGCCAUUAGUCAUCGAAGAGGGUAUGGCGCUCAAGUGGAAGCAAUGGUGGCGUCAAUUUCAUUGGUACGCGGUAGCCACCGGACUCGACAGCAAACCUCAACAUAUCCAAGCAGCAACCCUGCUUAGUUGUAUUGGUGACGACAGUGUUCGUGUGAUGGAUACGUUUGGUCUAACAGAUGUACAAGAACAAGACAUAACGGUUCUUAAAGAAAAAUUCGACUCAUACUUCGUGCCAAAAUCGAAUCUAACUUAUGAGCGAAACGUGUUCGGUAAAAUAGUACAAAAUCCCGGUGAACAAUUCGAUACGUUUUUAACUCGUGUCCGUGAACAAGCGAAAAAAUGCUCGUUCAGCGUACUUAGCGAUUCGAUGGUAAAGGAUAGAAUUAUUUCGGGCACCGUUCACAAGAAAAUCAUUCCUCAGUUAUUGAACGACGAUUUAGACCUACAAAAAACUGUCGAUACAUGCAGAAAUUACGAACAGUCGAUUAAACAAUCGAAAGUGAUGUUGGAGAAUUCGUACAGUGAAGUGGAUUUGCUCAAACAGAAAAAGUAUGACAAUUCGCAAAAUAGUGGCAGAGAAGAAAAGUUUCCGUGCAAUCGCUGUGGACUUGAACAUCGAAGAAGACAGUGUCCGGCGUUUAACAAAGUGUGCGUGAGAUGUAAUCGCGUUGGACACUUUGCAAGCAGAUGCUUUGGAAGAGCCGGUACUGAUUCAAGGAAAAAUAAAUCUGUGAAAAUGGUAACAUGCGAGCAAGAAGAAAAAUCCGAAGAACUAUCGGUCGAAGAGCUUUUUAUAGGCGCGGUAAAUGAUGAUGAUGAAAGCAGUGAUGAUGUGUGGUAUGAGACGGUACAAAUCAACGGAAAAAGUGUUACGCUGAAACUGGAUAGCGGUGCUGCGUGCAAUGUAUUACCCAAUAGCAUUUUUCGUUCACUUGGGUCAAAGUUAAUGUCAUCCACAACUAUGCGUUUAGUUUCGUACAGUGGUCACAAAUUGAAUGUAAAAGGGGAAGCACAUUUACCGUUAAUCGUGAGAGGUCGCGCAGAAUCAGCUGUGUUUAAAGUGAUUGAUGAAGAAGUUAUGCCUAUCCUUGGUCGUAAAACGUGCGUACGGUUCAACUUAAUCGCUAAAGUGCAGGAAUUAACUAUGGAUGACUCGUUAUUUAACGGAUUAGGGUGCAUCAAAGGAUUCGAAUAUGAUAUAGACUUAACCGAAGACCCAACGUUCCAGUACAAUCCACCCCGUAGAAUUCCACACUCACUUCGCGACCAAGUAAAGGCUGAGCUAGAUGCAAUGGAGAAGAUAGGUGUAAUAAAAAAGAUCAGCGCGCCAACUCCAGUAUUAAAUGCGAUGGUAAUUAUUAGACAAAAAGGUAAGCUUCGUAUUUGCAUUGACCCUUCGCAAGUGAAUAAAAAUUUACUUCGACGCACGCACCCUCUUUCUACCAUAGAGGAAAUUUCAAGCAGAAUUUGCGGUUCUAAGUGGUUCACCGUAUUGGAUAUGAGAAAGGGAUUUUGGCAAAUCCCAGUGUCCGAACGAACAAAAAAAUACCUAGCAUUCGGUACGCCAUGGGGGCGGUAUACAUGCAACCGUUUACCAUUUGGGCUUGCUUCGGCACCCGAAGUCUUUCAAAAAUUAAUGAAUUCCUUGCUAGAGGGUCUCCAGGGAGUGGAAAGCUCAAUGGAUGAUAUUUUGAUACACGCUCCUUCAAAGGACCAGUUAGGCCAGAUUACGAAACUAGUACUUCACAGAAUAGAGUCGGCAGGUUUGAAACUAAAUCAUGAGAAAUGUUUAUUCGUCAAACAAUCCGUCAAGUUCCUGGGCCAUAUAGUCUCAGGAGAAGGACUUAAAGCUGAUCCUGAUAAAUUAAUAGCAAUACAACGUCUUAAGCGACCCGAGAACAAAAUUCAACUCCAACGCGUGUUAGGUAUGGUAACCUAUCUGGGAAAAUUCAUCGAGAACCUUUCAGAAAUUACUGAGCCCCUGAGGAAACUGCUAAUAAAAAACGUCGAUUGGGUAUGGGACAUUGAACAAGAACAGUCUUUUAAUAAAAUCAAGAAUCUCAUGCAACGGCCACCGGUACUAGCUUAUUACGAUGUCAAAUCAGAUGUGACUCUUUCUGUAGAUGCAAGCUCAAAAGCUUUUGGAGCAGUAUUACUGCAGAACGGAAAACCCGUAGCUUAUGCUUCGAAAUCUCUUACUUCUGCACAAGAGAAUUACCCACAAAUCGAAAAGGAAGCGGCGGCAAUUAGGUUCGCUUGUAAUAAAUUUCAUGAGUACGUUUACGGAAAAAGAUUAACCAUAGAAACCGAUCAUAAGCCUUUAGAGUCUAUCUGUAAGAAAACAUUGGAUAGAGCGCCACCCAGACUCAAACGAAUUUUACUAGAUGUUACUCAAUAUGCCCCCAAAAUAGUAUAUAAAAGGGGAUCUGAUAUUCCGAUUCCUGACAUUCUCAGUAGGGACGUAGAAGAUACAUUCGAAAACGAUCCAAACGACGAAUUAGAGGUUCAUAUAGUGCUCCAAAUGUCGAAAGCUGCUAGAUCAGAAAUAACAGAACAAACCUUAAAUGAUCCAGAGUUAAAGGAAUUGAGUGCUACAAUAAUGUCAGGAUGGCCAUGCGACAAACACGCUGUUCCCAACCGUAUUGCUAAAUAUUGGAAUUUCCGAGAUGAGCUGGCAGUUUACGAGGGAUUAAUUUUUCGAUCGCACCAAAUAUUGAUCCCCGCUACUCUCAAACAAAAAAUGUUAACGGUAAUUCACGCUGGACACAACGGAGUACAAGGAUGUGUAAUUCGAGCAAAGCAAAUGCUAUUCUGGAUAGGUAUGGUUAGUGAUAUUAAAAAGAUGGUAGAAAACUGUAGAAUAUGUGAAAAAUAUCAACGUUCGUCAACGAAACAUGAGAUUUUGACCAACGAGGUUCCUACGCUGCCAUUUGAAAUAGUUGGUUCCGAUUUGUUUCAUUUCCAAGGGGAAGACUAUGUUUUAAUCGCCGAUAGUUAUUCUGGGUAUUAUGAUUUUAAAAAAUUAAGAGAGACGUCAUCAAAAUCCGUAAUCCAAGAACUUAAACAAUGGUUCUCGUCAUUUGGAAUACCUCGAAUAGUUUAUACGGACAAUGGACCUCAAUACUCAUCACACGAAUUCGCAAAGUUCAGCAAAGAAUGGUCUUUCGAUCAUAUCACUUCGAGUCCGCAUUUUCCCAGAAGUAAUGGCCUUUCAGAGCGGUUUGUUCAAACAGCAAAGAACUUGUUAAAGCGUUGUACAGAAGAGGGCUCAGAUCUUCAGCUAGCACUUCUACUCCAAAGGAAUACACCUCGCGAUAAACAACUAUUAUCACCAAAUCAACGAUUAAUGAGUAGAAUGGUACGUACAACCAUGCCAGUAACAAAAGCGAUACUUCUACCAAAGGUAGUUCUUAAUGUUCAUGACAAACUAAGAGAAGCAAGAGAAAAUCAAAAACGAUACGCGGACCGCGGCUGCCUUACUGCGCCAGAGUUUGCGAAGGGUCAAAAUGUGGUAGUGCAAAAUACGAAGUCACACCUUUGGGAAAAGGGAAAGAUCCUGGAACGACUGGAUCAACCACGCUCUUACCUUGUAAAUUUGCCUGAUAAUUGUCAAAUACGCAGGAACGUCAGAGAUAUAAAACCAUCUAAAACAUCACCAUCAGACACACAAUACGUUGAAGAUCCAUUCAUCAUAGUUCCCGAGGAAAACGAUCAAGAAGCAGAGCCAACAACAGACUUCACCUCAACGAGCGUUCCGAACACUGAAGUUGAUACGAGCUCGACACGAUUACCAAUCAGAACAAGAAGUGGACGGGAAGUUCAUAUGAGAAGAGACAGUGAAUUUGAAUAUUACUAA